GGAAAAUCGUUUUAUUUACGCCAGAUCGUUUCUAGCCGGCGUUCCAAUUCUGAAUAUAUACAAAAAAUUCGUUGAUUAUUUCAAUUUGCUAAAUAAUCAUUUUAUACACCGGUUAGGUCAUCAGAAUUAGAUCCCAGUUACGUACUAGUGACAGUGACUUUAUUACUUCUCUGUUCAGUCAGAGUCUGAACACUGAAAUCUAGUUAUAAUAGCAAAUAGCCUGUCUUUUGUCAAAAUGGUAGGAAAUAAUUGUGGGCCGUGUGGAUUGAUUUGGAUAAACGACACGAACCACAAACAAAUUCCCAUACCUCUGAAAUCUGUGUCGAUCACUGCAUCAGUGGUCCAUGCGGUGGCGCAAGUGGAAAUUACACAAGUUUAUGAAAACAGCGAAAAUAACCCAAUAGAAGCGAGUUACAUCUUCCCAGUGGAUUCUAAUGGAGCCGUCACACAUUUUCAGGCAGAGUUGGACGGAAAAGUUAUCAAGGGAGUAGUAAAGACGACAGAAGAUGCGAAAAGGGAUUAUGAAGCCGCAAUUAAGCAGCAAAAAACUGCGUUCCUUGGAGAAGAAACUAAACCAGAUGUUUUUCAUUUGAAAAUUGGAUUCUUGAAACCAGGAGCCUUGGCUAAAGUUGUGAUUGGCUAUGUCACGGAAGUCAAAAACGACGCGGAUAGCCAUGCCAUUCGAUUUGUGAUUCCAACCACCGUGGCCCCAAGAUACGUCCCACCCAGUGACCAUGACCAGAAGAGUGACGAUUUGGCCAAUAUGACAUUCUCUUCAACUUCACCGGCUCCUCUGAACAUCAAAGUCGUGGCAUGCAUUCAGGGCGAGAUCAAGUCCGCGGACAGCUUGUCUUCCCACAAAAUCCUAGUCAAAAGCAAAGGAACAAUUCCAGAACAGCCGGGUUGGAAUAAAGCUGUGGUGACGCUUGUUGGCAAUGUGACUGAAAUGGAUCGCGAUUUUGUCUUGUUGGUGACUCCGUUGGAGGCUGUCAUGAAACCGAGAGUAUAUUACGAGAUUUUGGAAAACGGUUCCCUGGCCGCAAUGACGCAUCUAAUUCCAAGCUUCGCUCUUAAAGAGGAGAAAGUGGAAUUGAUCAUUGUCGUGGAUCGAUCUGGAUCAAUGGGUGGUCAGAGUAUUCGGAUGGCCAGUGCUGCGCUGCAGCUCUUCUUGCACUCUCUCCCGACUGAUUGCUAUUUCAACGUUGUCGGGUUCGGUUCGAGCUAUGAAGUUCAGUUUAAGGAAGGAAGUGCAAAGUAUGGACCGGAGAGUUUGCAUUAUGCAGUGAAUAGUGCUAAAUGCAUUUCUGCAAAUUUAGGAGGGACUGAAAUACUUGAACCUUUGCAGCACAUUUAUUCAAGACCAUCGAUUCCUGGAUAUUUGCGACAAAUUUUUGUCAUUACAGAUGGUCAGGUGUCAAACACUGAGCAAGUAAUAUCCCUCGUCCAACAGAAUGCUCACAACAGUCGCCUGUUUGCACUCGGGAUUGGAGCCUCCUCGUCUCGCCACUUGGUUGAAGGGAUGGCGACUGCGGGUGGAGGGACCUGUGCCUUUGUCGAGGGGGACGCAAGUAUCCAGAAGGCGACGCUGAGUCAACUAAAAAAUGCUUUACAACCAUCCCUGACGGACAUAAAAAUUGAAUGGAUGGGAAUUCGAAACCCACAAAGAGUAGAACUUAACACGGAAAAGACACUUUUUGGCUACAACAAGCCAGUUGAGCCGGAAGUGAAAGGAAGCAAGUUUUCACAGUCUCCCAAGAACAUUCCGCCAAUCUUUGACGGAAGUCAACUGGUCGUCUUUGGCAUUUUCCCACCCGGUCAAGACAGACCCUCCGGAGUUAAGCUAACUGCCAAUUCCCCCGAUGGUCCGUUGACUUUGAACAUUGCUAUGAAUGAAACGAACCUUCUUGGAAGCACGCAAAUGCUCCACAAACUGGCAGUGAUAAAACUGAUACGCGAAUUGGAAAUGCAGGAGACAAUGCUGAGCGGAAUGAUCAAUGGCAGUAAGGAUGAAAUAGUCGCUCUCGGAGUUGAAUACGGAAUAACUUCGAAACACACAUCGUACAUUGCUAUUGAUGAAUCAGGUCAGCAACAACUUUACACAAUGCCGAUGCAGGAGCGUCAAAUUCCAAAUCAAUUGCCAUACGGAUCUACCUUUGGUUUCGGUUCUUCACGACAGAGAUUCAGAGACAGUUCAGUUGCUACUCAUUAUAGUCUCGCGAAUUUUUCACCUCAGAGGUCUUUAGGGGCGUGUUUCUUUGGCUCCUCUUCCGGUGCACUACCGAAACAUAAAUCGGUUCAUCCGGCUCAACAACAACAAAUGCAACCGCAAAUGCAACAACAACAGUCCUUUAGUUUCGGUUCAUCAACUCCAACCCAGUUUCCGUUACCGCCGUUGAAUUACCUUAAGGGUUUAGGUGUCGUAAAUUCGACAAUUUCCAGCCAAGUACCAUCUCCCAGCUUUGGAGGUUCACAACUUUUCCAGCCGCAACUCAAUUCCCAAGGGUCUACAUUAUCGGUGAAAAGCGACAGAGUGAUUCUUAUCAUUAGUCACCAAAAUUUUGAUGGAUCGUUUUCAAUGAGUGAUGCCCUAUGUCAAUCGCUUCGGGUGUCCUAUGCAGAUAUAAUUUCAGUGAGCACCAUUCAAGGAUGGGACACAACUCUAUGGGCUACUGUGCUAGCCGUCACUUGUCUAACUGACACGGACCUCAAGGUGGAAAAAGAUUCUUGGGAACUUGUCGUCAAUAAAGCUCAGAAAUGGAUGACUCAAUACUGCCGGGAUGCAGACUUGUUGCAAAGUAUGAUUUUUACGUCGUCGGAAGUUCAUACAAAAAAAUGUUAAUUGAAUACAUGCACCUGCUAAUAAAAUGGACUACAAAUAUACAAAUUAUACCCAACUGACAGCAAUUUUUCACCAGUUGAACCAAUUAAUAUCACAAUUAAUUGUCGUAGAUUUUUAUUGACGGUUAAACGUAUCUAUUUGAUAAUAUUGUACGUAUACAAACUAGUUGUUAUUUUGCCUAUCAGGCAUAAGCACUACCUGACAAUCGCUACCUGAACUAGAUUUUUUUUUCUAUUCUACAAUUAUUUUUAUUUAUUGAAAUAUGUAUUGUAUCGCAGAGUUCUAGUUUAAAAGUUACAGAAAACUUGUCAAAAAAGCUGACUACACAGGAGUCACACAAAAUGAAUUCCUAACCUGACCUAGAUAUUUACAACACUUCCAUAUGUAGGUAUAAUAAAAAAUAAAUAUACUUCUGUACUUACUGGUGAUCCCAACCAAUAAAUAAUUAAUCACGAUUAUUUAUCUAUUAAAGACUA